AUGGAGGGAAGCGCACAGCCCGAAACCAGUGCCGUAUUUGGCGAUAACACUCCAAAGGGAACGAAAUUUGUAGACAACUUUAAAUCGAAAUGUGGAAACCUGUUUUUAGGUUUGAAGUGUGUAAAUUGCGGAGUAUUGGUCAUUGCGUUCGGGAUACACCUACAUAACCUUUUCACUGCUACGUGGGCGACUGACCAUGGCCUGGACACACCGACCGGACACCAGGGCCGGGUCCACCACCAACUGUUUGGCUUCACCCAAGAUGGCGACCAAGACGCGUAUCCUCUUCACAGAGAAGGAUAUUGGCAGGAUUGGAAGAAGCCCCUGAUAAAACAGGAAAUUGUUGGUCUGAGCCUCGGUUUCACUGCAAUGUUUGUCCAGGGCAUCAUUAUAUUCCUCCACUUCCUACAUCCUAGAAGGGCGGAGGCUGUGGCCCUACUUACGUCCGUCGUGCUUCUGUCGUGUGGAGGUGGUGGACUACUGAUCAAGACGAGUAUGGAUUACACAAACAACCGACCUGUCCUCGGAUUCAAGGAGACGUCCAUACCUACCAAUUUUGUGUCCGACAUUACAGAAGAGACCGGCGGGAAGGAGGCGGUGGUGGGCGGGGCCGUGUACCUUACCGCCGGCGCCAUUGACGUCAUACUGAUACUUAUUACCCUAUAUAAGUUACCGAACAACGCGGUCACUACUCAGUCCUCAGAGAAAUUGAACUGAGAGCGUACAACCUUCAGUGGACGGUUAGAAAUACAGUUCAGUCUCACGACUUAGAAUAGUACUCGGAUUUAAGGUGAUUCAUGACUCGGACUUCCCACGGUUAAAUUUUCCUGAAAAUUGAUCAAUUAUUGAACAACAUAUUAAUACGAUGUUUUGAGUUUUAAAAAAAAAAAAAAAUAUGAUCAGAAGAUGUAUGAUUGUUUUUGUAAAGAAAGCUUAAUUAAUGUGUACAUUGACACAAUUCAACGAAUGUCUAUAGAUAAUAGCCAUUUUAGGUUAAUAUUGGUAGCAUGCUUUAUUAUGUAACGAACUAUGAGUGUACAUAUCGUUAUAUUACUUCAGAUAAACACCGUCCUCUCUCCUUUCGGCGCUAAAUAACCCAGUAUCGUACAGCAAUAAAUCAGAUGGAGCUUAUUUGAUAACAAAAUUACACAUUUAUGUUAACUUAUUAUUCUUGUUAGCCAGAGUAGAACCAGUGGGGGAGGGGGGAUACAUCUGUGAUAUGGUAGAAAACCUCAGCACCUUGAGUAAAACCAUGUGGCCAGGAAGCUGACCAUCAAACUUUGCACCUCCAAUCGGAGAAUUUACCCCAAUUAGCCACGAUCAUCACAUAGUAUCACCCCUACAGGUGGCAUGGUGUGAGGGGAAUAUUAUUACUAAUUCAAAUUAUAUAUAAUCUAAGGUCAGGAAAUAAUUGUGUUCAUACGAUAAAAUAACGAAAGUGUUUUUAAAGAAAAAUUAACCCGUGGGAUAUAUAUAUUUUAUAAAUUGUAUAUGAGAGGGCCUUUGGACCUUUCUUCUGACAUGAGUACAUGUAAUAUAAUACACUGUACCCUAUAUUAUCAUAUAUGUACAAUAGGAAUAUAUCGGACUGAGUAUACUUUAGGUGGAACAAUACUUCCUGUCUAUAAAUUCUGUCGUGAUAUAUAGCCCUCUCUUUCUGUUUUUUUUAACGAUAAACUAGACAUUGUCAGUGUGGGCCUGUAAAACGUAUUCAGCUAAUGUUUAAUUAAUAUCGUUUUCUCAUCUUAACACCACAGUGAUAAAAAACCAUUAUCUAAAUUGAAACAAAUCAACACCGAUUAUACAAUUAGAUAUUCUAAAGGUGGGCAUGGAACAUAACUUCGUUCACAUUAUAUUGUAGUUGCUUUAAAAUUAUCACGAAUAAAUUAAUUUGUAGUAGAUAGGUAGUAUAUAUGCAAGACCACACACUUGUGUUUUUCUAACGAAUCAGAAAGCACGAGUUUAUUGCGCGGACGAAUAUAUACGUCCGCGCAAUAAAUAAGUCUUUUCUAACUCGUUAGAAAAACCCAAGUGUGUGGUCUUGCUUUUAUCAGAUACAUUCCGUUUUCGGUAAAGAUCGAAACACAGACUUUAUAAACUUUGAUGUUUUUUGCAAAUACCGGGAACUUUUUAGUUCGCCAUGACAAGGGGUUCCCAUUAAAAAGCAGUUCCGGCUAGUAGGUAAAUACAACAUUCCGUAUUGCACAUGUGCAAUACAGAUCGUUGUAUUUUAUGGUCUAAAAAUUGCUUGUAUUACUAUAGCAAAAUCCAACAGGUUUGUGAUAAAAUUGUAUAUUACAUGCAUAUAUCUUGGAUUAUAACGUCACCAACGAGAUUGGACUGCACGAUACAUUGAGCGUCGCUCCAGGUUUACUUGUAUAUUUUAAUUGUGAUUAAAACGUUUGUGUAA